AUGCCGCGCACUCCCAAGUGGAUCCCGUGCGCCUGUGGGUACCACUGGGCCUGGAAACGCCAGGUCGAGUCGGGUGAAAACACCCACUGUGCGUACUGCGGCAGAAACUGGCAGAAGCAGCUGGCAAAGCAGCAAGCAAACAAGGAAGCCCGGGCCGAGAACUCCCAGAGCCCCCGAGCUGUCUGGGAGGACGGUCGCACCAAAGGCAAGGGAAAAGGAGAGGGAAAGGGUUCUAAGAACCUACCAGGUGGCAAAGUCGGCGCGGUGCUUGCGGGUCUUUGGAAAGACCUGCCAGAGGCUGCCCAGAAAGCCUUUCAGGAGGUCGGGUACAGCCCACCUCGGCCGAAAGGGCCACCGCCACCCCCACCAGGACUGGACCUCCAGUCCCUCCUUAAGGGUAGGAUGACCGAGAAGGAGUACAACGCUGCCAGGGCCGUGGUCUACGCGGGGGCAGGGCUCCACGUCCAGACCCUUUUGGAGGCCGCGGGGAUCCCCCCUCCACCAGAUGAGGACCUCGACCGGCCGGAGCCCACGCCCCAGGAGAAGCUGACCAGGUGUGUCAGUGACUUCAAGAAGGCCACCAACCAGAUGAAGAAUCUGGUGGAGAAGAAGGCCAAGCUCCAGGCCCGAGCGGACAAGCUCAAGCAGGAGCUGGAAAAGCUCAUUGGGGACGUGGACCAGGUCGACAAGGACAUCAAAGCCAAGGAUGUCGAGAUCCAGGAGACGGCCAAGGCUUUCAAAGAGAUGACGGCGGACUCCACCAGCACCGCCUUCAGCGCCUUGGAGGCGGUCCUUUCGGAGGCUGGUCAUGAGCUCAAUGAAGCCACCCGCGCCAAAAUGAAGGCUGCCUUGGUCGGGAAGGAGGACCUCCCCCCGGACCCCUUCAUCGUGGGUUUCCGAGGGCAUGAUGAGUACUUCCCUCGAGAGAUGCCCCCCAUGUAUGGGCCUGCCCGCACCGAUCCGCAUGGGAAGCGCCCCACACCUUUGGAAGGGACGAAGCCGGAGGCAGCGACAACCCCGAAUAGGGGCGCCUAG